AUGUCAGGAAACCUGGUACAUAUUCUGAACCUUGACGACCCAGCAUAUGACAUCUCGACAUUUGGCUUAUUUGUUGUGGAUCUCCCUCGACAUGUUGGUUCCAGCAAGUCCCUCGACGCGGCUAUCGGUGCCUUUGUCGCGGGAUUCGGUACGCUUCAGAACAAAACCAUGUCCAAGGUUUUUGCGCUCGAUCGAUAUGUUUAUGCUAUAAAGACGCUGAGAGAAACCAUGAACAACCCUGUACUGGCCAACACGAAGGACAAUAUGUGCUCGAUAUAUUUGAUUGCGAUCUGUCAAGAAUGGCUGGGACACUGUUCUGGGUAUACAAAACACUAUGAAAUGCUUGGACAUUUGAUCCAGAAUUCUGUUCAAAAGCAUUCUUUCGAUCCCUCUGAUCUAUCAUUUAUGCAAACUAUUCUCGGCGCUGUGGUCCUCGAGAGCUUCAAUAAUCAAAACAUACAAUUGGGUCCAUGGUAUUGGCAGGCCAUGUCCCUGUUUAGCGGCGGUGUUCGGCCUCUCAAGUCUGGUGACGGCAUGUCUUUUGCAUCUUUAGAUCUCGCAACCAUUGGUGAAAUGUCUUGGUUUCUCCGAGAACCCGAGAAAUAA